UUCUAGCAGGAUGAGUUCGAAAGUUUUCUCCUUGAAAUGUGCAAUCCAACAGUAUGCCUGGGGCAGAAUUGGCGAGGACAGUGAGGUCGCCAAAUUGAGCCAAAGCAUAGACAAGUCGUUUCAGCUGCAGAAGGACAAACCGUAUGCUGAGCUAUGGAUGGGCACUCAUCCAAGUGGACCCUCUCAAAUUUUGAGUGAAAGCAUCGUCGAGAAAUCCCUCGGCGACUGGAUUGAGAAACAUCCUGAAUGUCUAGGUGAUAAAGUUCGGGAAAAGUUCAAAGGUCAACUACCGUACCUGUUCAAAGUGUUGUCUGUCAAUAAAGCGCUGUCAAUACAAGCACAUCCUAAUAAGGAGCAUGCUGAAGCCCUUCAUUCUGCAAGGCCAGAUAUCUACAAAGAUCCAAAUCACAAGCCAGAGAUAGCGAUCGCACUGACUACGUUUGAAGGUCUUUGUGGAUUCCGUCCAAUCUCACAAAUUGUAGGAUUUUUUAAGACUGUGCCAGAAUUCAAAGCUGUUGUUGGCACGGACGGUGUGGAUCAACUGACAUCUGCUUUUGAUGCUAGCGACCCCAACCCUGGCAAAACAUGUAGAGCUGCCCUCAAGAAAUGCUUUGCUGGAAUGAUGACAUGCCAGGAUGAUGUGGUUGCCAAGCAACUGGCAUCACUUGUGGAUAGAAUAUCCAUUGCUGUUAAAGAAUCUAAGGAUGUCAGCGAAGUUAAUGGAGAAUUGUUGACAAGAUUACAUGACAAAUUCCCUGGUGAUGUUGGAUGCUUUGCCAUUUAUUUCUUAAAUCAUAUGAUAUUGGAGCCGGGUCAGGCCAUGUACCUUGGACCGAAUGAGCCGCAUGCAUACCUCAAGGGAAAUUGCAUUGAGUGUAUGGCAUGCUCGGACAAUGUGGUGAGAGCUGGACUCACACCAAAAUACAAAGAUGUACCCACGCUAUGUGAAAUGCUAACAUAUGAGCCAAGUGCACCGAAGGAUAAGCUCUUCCCAUGUGUUCCUGAUCCCAAGGACAGCAGUGUCCAUCUUUACAACCCCACUGUGCCAGAUUUUGCAGUUUCACGGAUAAAGAUUGCUGAUGACAAAACGAGCUACACCAUCCGAGCCGAGGACAAUCCCAGCAUACUGAUAGUCAUAUCAGGCACAGCGGAAGGCACCAAUGAAACGCUGCCAGACGGGGAGAAGCUGGAUCUUAAACGAGGUUCUGUGUUCUUCAUGGCUGCCAAUCAGGAAGUAGCAUUGCAGUGUCAGCCAGGUGGCAUGCUAAUAUUUAGAGCAUGUUGUCCAUUGGAUUAGAGCCUAAGCCAAUCAGGAAGUAGCAUUAAAGUGUCAACCAGGUGGCAUGAUAGGACAGUGUUAAAAAAGGUCAAAGUCAUUUUAUCAGGGUGUACAAUACAGCACCAGUUUUCAAUAAAAUUUACCUCAACAGUUAAUUCAAAUCCACUGUUCUGCAAGUCCGAAAUUACUAUGGAAACUGAACCCAAAUCUGAAAAUGACGGCUUAGGUAAUCAUUUAUUAAUUUUUGGUUAGCCUUGUUAUUUUUUAUCAACAUUGUGAUUAUAUAAUUGAAAGAUCAUGUACAAAAUCUUUGCCACAAGUUACUGUACAUGAUUAUACCGGUGGAAUACCCAUCACUUUACACAUAAAUCUUACAUUCUACUUAAUAUUACCUUCCAUAUGCUUUAUAAGACCAAUUCUCUAACGGGUAUGUGACAAUCAUUGUACAACCAAACCAAUAUUGUUAGAAGCUUGUACAAUUUCCAUGAACACAGAGUUAAAAUAUUUUUAGUUGAACUGAUUGAAAAAAAAAGGCAGUAAAUUUCUACAAAUGACAAUGUAAUUGUGCCUUUCUGCAGAAUUUAAUUUUAAAUUGGGGCAUUUAAAUAAAUAUGGUGCUAUGCAAGAUGAAA